AGAGGGAGGAGGGGAGACAGAUGGAAGAGGAGUGUAGUUCGUGGUAAAAGCUACAACGUGGAUAUGUGUGUGAGGCAGCGGCUCUGGGAUACAGAGGAAUAGAGGAGAGAGCACGAGAUGCUGACAGAUUCCUGAUAGAUGUGCAAAAUGGCGCAAGCAAGUUCUACCCCUGCGAGCCACCAAUUGUUGUAGCUCGGAACAUGAAGAGCUAGCCGUAUGUCUGUUUUAUUCUGAUCGCCUCACGUUGUUUUUUCAAGUAUCGUAAUAUAUUUCAAAGUGAUUAAAUGGCUACCAGAAGGCUCUGCCUUGUUCCAUGCAUUUUUGGAUUACUCCUCAACGCUUUAGUCGGUGUGACAUCAGGAGCAGAGCUCUCCUUCACCCUGGAGCCCAGUGACAUCAUCGCGGUGCAGGAGCAGCCCCUCAUGCUGCACUGUCAGGUGGACGGUAUCCCACCAAUCACCACGCAGUGGAGGAGGAACGGCAUCCUCCUGGUGGAUGACCAAUACUACACCAUGUUCCACAACGGCACUCUGCUGAUUGGACGCUUCCAGAGGACCAAGUCUGACGGCUCAACCGAUGAAGGGGAUUAUGAGUGUGUGGGCCAGAACUCCUUUGGUCUGGUGGUGAGCCGCAGGGCCAGGGUGCAGGCUGCCACGAUGGCGGAGUUCCAUGUCCAGCCACGGUCAGUGCGUGCGGAGGAGGCAGGCGUUGGGCGGUUCCAGUGCCAGAUUCACGGCCUGCCUGAGCCUUCCAUCAGCUGGGAGAAAGAUGGCCGCUCCGUGGACACUAAGGAUGAGAGGUAUACCCUGCUCCCCACUGGUGUCCUGCAGAUCACAGGUCUGCGUCAGGAGGAUAGUGGUGUGUUCUGCUGUGUGGCCCACAACAGUGCAGGAGUAAAGCACAGUGCCGGGGCUCACCUCACCGUCUCAGUCUCCCAGUCUUCUGUUUACAAAGAGCCCAUGAUCCUCGUGGGUCCUGAAAACCUCACUCUCACCGUUCACCAGACGGCCAUCUUGGAAUGUGUUGCCACAGGAUAUCCCCGCCCCAUCGUGUCAUGGAGCAGGCUUGAUGGCCGUCCGAUAGGUGUGGAGGGCAUCCAAGUGCUGGGUACAGGGAACCUGAUGAUCACAGAUGUCGGGGUCCAGCACUCUGGCGUCUACGUCUGCGCUGCCAACAAACCAGGGACCCGUGUACGCAGAACCGCUCAGGGACGUCUGGUGGUCCAAGCCCCAGCAGAGUUUGUGCAGCCUCCCCAGUCCAUCUCCCGGCCGGUGGGCACCACUGCUAUCUUCACCUGCCAGGCGCAGGGCGACCCUGUGCCCCAGCUCACCUGGCUGAAGAACGGGCAGAUCCUGGAGCCUGGAGGGCACGUCAAACUCAGGAACAACAACACCACGCUGACCAUCUAUGGCAUCAGUCAGGAGGACGAAGCCAUCUACCAGUGCAUCGCUGAGAACAGUGCCGGCUCCACCCAGGCCAGUGCCCGUCUCACCGUGCUGUGGGCAGACGGCCUGCCAGGGAUGCCCAGUCUGGUGCGGGCCGAGGCCCUCUCACCCAACGCCAUCCAGGUGUCCUGGAAGGAGCCUGCCCAGAACACUCAGGAGAUCAUCGGCUAUGUGCUCCACAUCCGCAGGACCACAGACCCUGUGGAGAUGGAGUACCAGGAAGCCGUCAGUAAGGUGACUCUACAGCAGGUAGUGGGGGAUCUGGAGCCGUCCACCAGCUAUACCUUCUAUGUGAAGGCCUACACGUCCCGCGGAGCCAGCAAGCCCUCCGAGAGCGCCACCGAGAGCACACUGGGCGAAGUGCCAGCACCCCCGUCACUGUUCAUUAAAUUGAUGAGCAGCAGUGUGGUGCAGGCGGUGUGGGAGCCAUCCUCUAAGAUGGGCCAACAUGAGGGCUUCAGGCUGUACUACAGGAGGGUCCACACCCCCCUCUUCACCGGACCACUCACCUUCACCCGCAACGUCACCCAGUACAACAUCACUCAGCUGGAUCCAACCCUGGUGUAUGAGAUUAAGGUUCUGGCCUUCAACCAACACGGAGACGGCAACGCCACAAUGCGCUUCGUCUCACUGAAGGAGGCUGCGGAGAAAUCAGUGCUGAAUACCCCCUGUGACUGUGUGAAGGAUGAACAGAGCAAGACCUCUACAGCCGGCAUCAUCAUCGGCAUCCAUAUAGGAGUCACCUGCAUCGUCUUCUGCGUGCUCUUCCUCAUGUUCAGCUACAGGGGGAGGUUGAUGACGUGUAAGACAGUGCAGGCCACCCCCCAGGCCGGGCGUAACAUUUCGCUAGAGUCGUCGUCUUCCUCACAGGGGGCCCUGGCCUUAAAUGGGGUGAGCAGGUCAGGCAUGGAAGGGAAUGGCAGCGUUGCUGGGAAGGGCAGGGGAGACAGCAACGAGCUGGAGAGACUCUUCUCAGGCCCGUCCCACUGUGGAGACCUAGCUGACAGUUCACGCAUGUUGGAUAGAUCCCUGGUGUCCUAUGCGCUGAACGAGACCCAGUUGUCCUCUCUGCCGCUGGAUGACUUCAGCCUUGUGGUGGAGGGGGACAGAGAGACGCAGUUCCAGAGGCCUCCAGCCAAGGGCCGGGGGGCCAGUGACAGGGCUGUGGCCGGGGUCACCCAGCAGGACCAGACCUGAUAGAAACAUGAAGGUCAAGUCUGUGACACGGUCACAGUGUCACCUCAGACUCGUAUCACACUCAGGUCGACCGAAGUAUUUCCUUUCAUAUUCGUUUUUCUUUGUGCAAAUAAUUGUAUUAUUGGUAAGUUAAAUAAGUCGCCUCUGGAAAAGUUAUAGGGGUCUUGGACUCGUUCUUGGAGGUCUCCCCGGCCUAGGUUUUUGGUGCGCUUUUGUGAUGGACAGCUAGGUUUGACAGGUGAAUGAUGUGUUCUUGUUUUUUUCGUACUUCCUUCAUUUUCUGGUUGCUGGCAGCACACAGAAUAGAUGCCCAGAAUGUCUUUGUUAUACACUCAUCAUUUUAUCUCAGAGUCGAAUAAGUUUUUAUUUCUCUACUAUCUCUCUACUUUUUCUUUCUAUGUCAAAGACUGCUGCCUACUCUUAGCCUAGCAAGGAUUCCACAAACGCAUCCAACGAAGACUAAGGCCUUCUUCCAGUGAUUUCAUAUAUUCUCUGUCUCAGGACGUUUAUUUUCAGUGAUAUCAAUGUUUUUUUUAUUAGUUCUCGGCCUUCAUACAGGUUCUAAACUUAGCUCUGUGAACCUUAGGAUUCAACAAAAACCUACCUCAGCCGGAAUGAAUGUGACGUGGGAAACCUUUUGGAUCCGUCUUUUCCCCUUGUGUUCAGUUACUUUUACAUGUAGAGCGAUCGGUUCGUAAAACACGAGAACAGGUGCCACGCUACCUCAGAUGUCAAGAACCGCCGCUCUCCUGCUUGUCGAAGCCGGAAAAAGAAGAGAAAAAAAUCUAACGGAAAGCACCUAAAAAAAAACCCGCUGAAGUCCACGUUCUACCUCAAGAUAACAAUGUUGUAGUUGUUCUUUCUUUCAUAAUGAAACAUGUACUUCUGUUGUGAGAGCUCCUGGCUUCCCUCUGUCGAUGAAUUGCUGUUUGUGGAUAUGUCAGUACCUCAUGCAAGUUGACAGAUGAUAUUGUUGUAUGUAUUCUACUUGUAAAGACAUUUUUCAUCGUUUUCCAUCGUGUUUGUGUAAGAUAUUUUGUCUUUGUUUUAUUUGAAUCUUAGUUGCUUCUGUUGAUUGAAAAGACUGUUAGAGAUGCACUGCACUGCCACUAAUAAUUUCAGGACAAUUUUACUGCUAUGUGAGAACUGCUGCAGAUAUUCCAUUGGGUAGGUGAGGUUUUAGUUACAUUUACACUCGAUUGAGACAUACAUUAUAUGUGUAUUUAUGAAUGAUUGCGUGAUGGAACUGUAUGUGUGUGUGCGUGUGUAUGUGUGUGUGUGUGUGUGUGUGUGUGUGUGUGUGUGUGUGUGUGUGUGUGUGUGUGUGUGUGUGUGUGUGUGUGUGUGUAUUUGUGUGUGUGUGUGUGUGUGUGUGUGUGUGUGUGUGUGUGUGUGUGUGUGUGCGCGUGCUAGACAGCGAGUGAAUGUGAUGUAUUAAGAAAAUGAAGCACAAAUGUAUCAAAAUGUCAUUGUAGGCAUUGACAACCACAAAUGUUAAUGUAUCUGAUAUGAUACCAGGUAAUUGGCUCUUUAAUUGACAAUGGUGUCGUUCUAAUCUGAUUUUUGGGCUGCCUGUCACUCACUCCAAGCUGCGGCACAGUGCACUCCUUUGUUAUGUUUAAUCAGGGCUCAAAUCAAAUCAAUUCCCUUCUGUCAUAAAGGAAUAGCCCAGACUUAUCGAGCCUGUCCAUCCCAGAUCCCUCACUCCAUCCCUCCUCCACACGGACAAAUGAAAGUGCUUCAGGAAAAUCUUUAUUACACUGCUGCAUGUAAAUCCAGAGGGAGAUGGUUUAACAGUUGGACCACAGGUAUUAACUCACAGAUCUGAGUUCAGUGUGCUCAUGCUGUCAUCUUCCUGAGCAAACACACAGUCAACAGACUUGGAUCUGAUCCAGGGUCAGAUCUGGGAGUACCACCACCACUGCUCCACCUGUUCCUCCAGAACCAUGCUCUCUGGAGCUGGAGCUUCCCUGAGGCAGAGCCAACCUGAGCCAGCCCAGUACUCUUACAGUAGGCUGGGUUAGGGCCGCUGUCCGACUGACCCUGUCUUCUCCCUGGCUCUCUCUACUGUAGAGAUAGAUCACAUUAUAACUCUAUGCUCUCUACUGUGUCUCAGUCACGUAAUGGCCUAAAGCAGUAUUACUCUGGUACCUACCUCAACCCCGACACGACAGGCCUGCUCUCAGGUUGCUCCCUCUCACACUUCUAUAUGUGCAUAAAUAUACACCACACACCCACACAGACACGUAAUGACACACACGCUCCUAGGGAAGGGAGGAUGUCUUCAGGGCCUUGUGGUAGUGCAGUUGUGUGACAGAAAAACAGUUGUUUUCGCCUAUAUGCUUAGCUUUUGUGGAUGUGAAUGUAUCACAAUUGUUUUUAUUACAUUUUUGUUGUAUCAGAAGCUUUUACGUUUUUGUUUUUCCACACAGCCUUGAAUGUCUUUGAACAUGCGUCUGUUAUGGACUAGUAAACGAGGACAUCAAGCACUCACUGCAAACUGUAGUAUGGCUACUCACUACAAACUGUAGUAUGGCUACUCACUACAAACUGUAGUAUGGCUACUCACUACAAACUGUAGUAUAGCUACUCACUGUAAACUGUAGUAUGGCUACUCACUACAAACUGUAGUAUAGCUACUCACUACAAACUGUAGUAUAGCUACUCACUACAAACUGUAGUAUAGCUACUCACUGUAAACUGUAGUAUGGCUACUCACUACAAACUGUAGUAUGGCUACUCACUACAAACUGUAGUAUAGCUACUCACUGCAAACUGUAGUAUGGCUACUCACUACAAACUGUAGUAUAGCUACUCACUGCAAACUGUAGUAUGGCUACUCACUACAAACUGUAGUAUAGCUACUCACUGCAAACUGUAGUAUGGCUACUCACUACAAACUGUAGUAUGGCUACUCACUACAAACUGUAGUAUGGCUACUCACUACAAACUGUAGUAUGGCUACUCACUACAAACUGUAGUAUGGCUACUCACUGCAAACUGUAGUAUGGCUACUCACUACAAACUGUAGUAUGGCUACUCACUGCAAACUGUAGUAUGGCUACUCACUACAAACUGUAGUAUGGCUACUCACUACAAACUGUAGUAUGGCUACUCACUACAAACUGUAGUAUGGCUACUCACUACAAACUGUAGUAUAGCUACUCACUGCAAACUGUAGUAUGGCUACUCACUACAAACUGUAGUAUGGCUACUCACUACAAACUGUAGUAUGGCUACUCACUGCAAACUGUAGUAUGGCUACUCACUACAAACUGUAGUACAGCUACUCACUGCAAACUGUAGUAUGGCUAUUCACUACAAACUGUAGUAUGGCUACUCACUACAAACUGUAGUAUGGCUAUUCACUACAAACUGUAGUAUGGCUACUCACUACAAACUGUAGUACAGCUACUCACUGUAAACUGUAGUAUGGCUAUUCACUACAAACUGUAGUAUGGCUACUCACUACAAACUGUAGUACAGCUACUCACUGUAAACUGUAGUAUGGCUACUCACUACAAACUGUAGUAUGGCUACUCACUGCAAACUGUAGUAUGGCUACUCACUACAAACUGUAGUAUGGCUACUCACUACAAACUGUAGUAUGGCUACUCACUACAAACUGUAGUAUGGCUACUCACUGCAAACUGUAGUAUGGCUACUCACUACAAACUGUAGUACAGCUACUCACUGCAAACUGUAGUAUGGCUACUCACUACAAACUGUAGUAUGGCUACUCACUACAAACUGUAGUAUGGCUAAUCACUACAAACUGUAGUACAGCUACUCACUGCAAACUGUAGUACGGCUACUCACUGCAAACUGUAGUAUGGCUACUCAGCUGUAAACUGUAGUACAGCUACUCAGCUACAAACUGUAGUACGGCUACUCACUACAAACUGUAGUACGGCUACUCAGUAUAAAAUGUAGUAUAGCUACUACUGUUUUACUCCCAGAACCCUCCUCAUAGAUGAUGUGCAUGAUGAUCUGCAGCAACAGGUGUUUGUAAAUACAGAUUAUGAACAGUCACCAGUUCUCACCCCUGAUUUAUUGUAAGGGAUUUCUGCAGUUAUCAUACUCAAAUUGUGUCAAUAAAUGGAGUAACUCCAUUAGAUAUGAAAUACUGUACCCUUGAUAUAAAACAUCUCCUGUAAAGGCACACACAUAUUCCUACCUUCCUAGACUGCAGUAAUCGAUUGAAUUGUAGUAAUUUGUUGGUCCAAUAUGUUUGAGUUAGAUCGCUUAGAGCAGCCAGUGCUCUCAUGCCUUUGUAGUUUGCUGAUUAGAGGAAGUGAAGUGUGUCCAGCGCUUGGUCCAUUCUAGAUUUGAUAUGGUAACUACACUAGCCUGAAACGGACUGGUUAAAUAAAUGGGAUAUCUGUGUUAAAGCCGGGCUGUAGAACUGUGUUUCUAUUAGACUAUCUAUUGUACAGUUAUAAUGCACAUUACAUUCCAGAGAGAUGUGUCGGUGUGUGUUCCUCCAGCAGAGGGUUUUUAUUGUACGAUGCAGUAGAAGUCGUUGUUGUUAAUGCUUGCAUUAUUGCUGGAAACGUGGAACCAGAACUCAUCUGCAGUAAUUCUGUACUUUAUGUUUGUUUGUUUCUUCACCAUGCAUUUCUUUUAUUGUCUCGCGUGUAUUCAUUUCUUGCAUUUUUAUUGUACAUUAUGGUAUAUUUACAUUGCAAGUCUUAGUAAACAAUAAUGAUAGUUGUCAAACUAGCAGAAAGAAACGCCUCAAUGUUACACGUGUAUUUAUGAACUGUUGAUGUAAUAUUCUCUCUAGUGCUUCUUUAAAAACAUAAUAGAUGUGUGUGAGGAGGGGUCUCUCCAGAGAAACCAGAGGUACUUUUUCUUAAUAAUUUACGGUUAAUUUCCGAUGCUGGAAAUUGCCCACAUCUCAUCCAUGAUUUGACAGGUUUUAGUGCCAUACAGUGCACACCUUAUUUACCCUUCACCCAGAAUGCAGAGCUGUAAAAUGGGGCAUCAUGUUUACAUGAUUGAUAUGAUCAUGAUUCUCCCAGUGCUUUACACUCCUAUAGAUCAAUGUUAAGAGCUGCCCUCUGUGAUCAACUGCUGAAGCUGCUCUAGUCUUUUCUGACUUAUUACCACUCCAUUGGCUGGUGGGAUGAGAUUCUCCCGCUAUCUAUUCUCAGCCCUGCUUCUUCCUCUCGUGAGAUUCCCCGUCCGCUGAGUUUGUUUCUCUGGGACAAAGAGAGAGUGGGCUGACUGUGCUCAGGGAACGUCUAUCUAAUCCUUAUGUUGUAUUCGUCACAGCGGAACAUGGACUGGGCGCUCCACUAUGAGAGUCCAUGUCAUUUAGUACAAUCUUCCUCUCACAGUGCUCUGACUGUGCCCUAUUCAACCAGUUUAGGGGGAGGGACUGCCUUUUUUUGUUUAUCGACUAGGCAAAUAAUCAAGGAGAUAAUCUCUCCACUUUCACACAUACUGAGCAGAUAAUGGUAAUCCUCCAUGCAUGAAGAUGUGUAGCCUCAGUGAGACGUAUAUAGGGGUUCGUGAAUGAAGUUCAAAACCGCUCUUCUUAGUACGGUUUUGUCUCCUUUUGUCUCUCUUCCUUGCCCCUCUCUGUAAUGCCACCUCUCCCUACACACACACACACACACCAGCGACACACACACAACUUUGUAAAGAAAGGAGUGUUUGUCAGAAUUACCCCAGUGCCCCAGCUCUCCCCAGAGAGAAUCAUGGGAGAGACAUUAGCUGGUUUAUCUCUGGCAACACAAGCCUAUUGACAACUGGAGAGUAAAAACAUCAAACUGGGACUCUGUAAAACAAACAUUUUUUUCUGUGUGACAAUAAUGUUACCGUUUCAGCUUUUUAAGCCUCUUCAUGAAAGGGAUUAAAUGUUGAACCGUUUUCUCUGUUCUCUACCCCAGCCAUGGAAGGCAAGGGGAAACUCUGAAACUACUGCUGGCCAUGUUAUUUUCCUUUCUUUUUUUUGUUGCAGAUGCUAUACAUGCUAAUUAGGACUCCUAACAAGUUAGGAACUAUCUUAACUGGCAGUUGCUGACCAGUGGCCACAAAGGAAAUAGUCAAGUAUCUACCAAGACUAAUAUAGACACUUGCACAAUCUUGCACAAAAGUGAUUGUUUGAAUUUUAGAUCAUAUUAGUGAUGGAGUAGGUACUCACGGUAUGCCAUACUGGCCUGAUAUCUUAAAACAAAGAAGGUAACCCUCCCCCCUAACUGGUUUGGGCAUGAGUUAGUAUCUUAGUAAGAUUUGUUACAACACGUCCAUGAAAUAUGGUGUGGUGUUGAAGUUACAUGAGAUACAACUCCAAGUCUGUCCAUGUAUUCCACAUUUUUGUUCAUAUUGUAGAAACAGGACAAAGCUAGCUACAUUUUGCAGGAACUUCGCGAAAACGAUUACAGCAAUAUCUCAUUGUUGACAUGUCUGACGGUGUAACCAACAAACAAGCACUGUUGAGAGAUUGGCCUUUUUGUCAUGCUGUAACACUGCACAGUUCAGAUGUAUUGGUCUGUUAAUAUGUGCUGUAUUGAUCACUGUGGCACCAAAUGACUAUACUUUUGAUUGUAAAUUGAUUACAUUUCUGAUGCUAUUAUCUCUCAGAUAUUCUCCAAAAAAACUCAACGACUGUACAUGUCAGAUAAUGCUGAUUUGAAGAUUUUCAAAUCAUUUGAAUUCUUGUCAUUUCAUGGUGAAUUAAUGGAAUUGUAACUUAAAGCAUGUUUGAGAUCAAUAGUAUAUUUGUACCUCUGUCGAGAAACACGUUAAAUCCAAUGUAUUUAAGCAUUGCUACAGAGGGGGAAAAAAUCGUUUUUUGAACCAUAUCUUUCUCAGCUAUUCGCAAAUGUGCUGUUUUAGCAGACUGCUAAAAUUGUUAGUUUAUCAUUAUUGGAUUUGUGAUGGUGACACUGUGACAUUUAGCCAUUGGAAUAGGGCAAGUAUUGUCAUCUCAACAUGAUGCUAUUGAUGUUUCUCUUCCACACCGUUGACCUACAUGUUUGAUAGUGUGUAUUUGCUACAACUGUUUCUACUCAGAAAGACUUUGUUAUAGAUCAUCUUUACUGCUUGUUGAUCAUCUUCGUAUCGCCAUGACACUCUUACCUGUUAUUAUAACUCACUUUGUCUUGGUUUGAUCCCUUUCCACCACUGAGAGAUGUAAUUGAUUCACAGUCAAACCGUAAAAUCGAGUUCAUGAUCAUUAAACAGUGGAGACAAUAAAGCAUGAACCUUUCCGUACAAACGUUUAUUAACAUGUUUUCAUGUUAAAGCUGUGCUUAGAGAAGCAUGCGUUUAUGGAAAUACACACAAAGUAUGCACAGCUGUAGCGCUGUAAUCUACAGUACAGACCUGCGUUAUUACUGCAUCAGCAGGGAUACAAGAGCUGCUUGUAUCUCCAGGUAAACUUGUGCCAACUUAUUGUAGCUACAGUUGAGCUUACACAGGUGGCAUUACUGUCAUAUUUGAUCUCCUCUUACCCAGUUUGGUUGGCAAUACUGACUGUAUCCCUCCUCACUUCCUCACAAACCUGUGGCAUUCUCUCCAGAGUCUCUGUCACUUCCUGUAGAAGCCACCAGGCACAUCGCACAGGGCAAGGGGAAAAGGCUUUCUCAUACAGUUAUUAUGCGUACGACUGUCAAAGUCACUGUUGCUACUGCUACUACCAUGCCAUUGGGUUAUGGUAUCGCUGCCAGGGUGCUAACCUAAACCAACUGCCAAAUACAGUGCCCAGCCAGUUUCUAUAGCCUCACUGUACUUUUAAUGGGGGGGAAAGGCUCCUCGGUUUUUAGUGCUUGUGUUGGGUUUGAUAUAGGGACAGAGCUGGCGUGAUGAGAAUAGCCAGGCUAUGGAGAAGGAACUAAGAGAGCACAAACCUGUACAGUAUAGUAUAAUCAGCUGCAUAUUGUCUGUGGAGAGCUGUUCAGUCACAUCUGUCUGUCUGUCUGUCUGUCUGUCUGUCUGUCUAUGUCUGUCUGUCUGUCGGUUGGUCGAUAUGUCUGUCUGUCUGUCUAUAUGUCUGUCUGUCUGUCUAUAUGUCUGUCUGUCUAUAUGUCUGCUGAGGUCAGUGCCUCUGCCUGCCCAAGUGUCCCACAAUCAAAUUCAGGUCAAUAUGAAUGAUUUUAAGAGAUUUUAGAUCAUUUUUCCCAUCAGGGAUCACUUUUAUGUGUCCACAAAUGUGUGUUCUCUAUGAUACAGUAUCUGUAGUUGGUUUUGAUGGUUGGUCGUGAUUCACAUGUGUAUACAUAUGUAUAAUACUGUAUGUAUGUGUAUAUGUGUAUAAAGACAGACUAGAUAUUUUUUAGUGGUUUGUAUUGUUUUAGAAGUCAUUGUGCCACGCUGAUUAAAGGCAAAAGACGACAACAACAAUGUUAAUAAACUAGCUCUAGUAAUUAAAA